GAACUGGAGCGCCACCAUGUACCAGGUCACUACACUGUCUGUACUCAGAGAGUCAGACUGAGUCAGAGACACCACACUCCACAGCCCAGGAUCUACGAGCCCCGCACCUCUGUAUCGUGGCUGCGGCAGCUGGACGAAAAGCUGAGUGAGCUCCAGGAUAUUAUCUCAAGCAUCUCAGUCAGUUCGUGCCUCAACGCCAGCGAGGAAGCAUCGCGAGCGGCUGUUGCCAGACUAGGAGUGCGUUCAGCCAUCCGCUAGUUGUGUCAGCAUACUCUGGCAGCGUGGCACAGUUCAUUUAGCCGCCUCAAAGAUCUGUUUCGUGUCCCUGCGAAAAGCGGAGUUGUUUCGAAGACUGAAGUAUUCCUUCCCCGCCGUCUCAUCAACCACUAACUGUGUGUGCGGGAUCUCGGAUCUAGUCCACUACUCGGCUCUCUGCUGCGCGACAGCCACUGAGGAUUUGCGGUCCGUGACUCGCCUGACGAUCGAACGCGCUCUUACCAAAUUCUCUCCCCGCCACACCUAGUGAAAGUGGAUCCGAGCUUUCCCAGGUAACGCGGGGCAAGAGAGCAAGCACGUUGUCCUCUGUUUCAAUGAAAUCAUAGAGGUCACACGCGGGAGAUUCUGCAGCAUAGUUUCAGAAAACAAGCAGCGGCCGCGUAAAUACCCUCAUCAGCGCAUCAGCAGGUAUGCCGUUGGUGAAACGCACGGUCGAGCCUUACUUCGCCAGUCGUUGCAAGGUCCCGGACAGGGCCGAUAAUGAACUGCAAUGUAUCUUGUCGCAUACCCUGGCCAACGUUAUUCGCCAGCUGAGCAGCCUGUCGAAGCAUGGAGAGAACUUGUUCGGCGAGCUCAUCGCCGAGGCCAACUCGUGCCUGGAACGGACCAGUGCGCUACAGACGCGAGUGCAGAAACUGAAGGUGGACGUUACUCAGCUGGACCCUGUUGGCGAGGAAGUGAACCUCAGUGACAUGUCCAUGUACAAGACGUUUCGCAGUCAUCAUGUCACCGACCAGCAGGUGCUGUCGCGUGACUCGCUGCCCGAAGCACUGGUCGAGGUCUACAACAAGUGUGCCAAGCCGCCGAACCUGGCCGCGUUCGACCAGUUCCGAGAGGAUGGCAAAGCCAGUCUGAAAUUCUACACCGACCCGGGAUACUUCUUCGAGCUAUGGUCGGAAGACAUGAACAAGAAGGCCGAGGAGAGGAAAAAGAAGAAGAAGAAAGUUCGCCGGCAGCAAGGCAAAACAGCUGUCCCUGUGAAAGUAGCGGCCCUGAAGAAGAAGACGGUGGGAGGUGGCAAAGGGAAGGAGUUUGAUGACGUGGCACAGCGCCACAGCACCCAUGGCAAGACAACCCAACCAAGUGGUCCGCCUCCCACUCAGGCGCCACCUACUGGUCCACCACCUAGCAUUAUUCCUCAAGGAGCACCGCCGCCACCGCCUGUAGGACAGCCACCGCCACCGCCGAGUACCGCACCACCACCUCCACCACCGGGUCAAGCUCCUCAGACCGAGCAUGCCGUUGCCCAGCCCGGCUACACGCAGCCGCCGCCGCCUGGUCAGGGCAUGCCGCCACCGCCGGCGAUGGCUCAGAUGCCGAAUGAGUCGCUGCCACCGCCCGCCAGCCUGCCCGGCAUGCCCUCUGAGCUGGGAGCACCGCCGGCAACGCCGCCACCGCCGCCGGCAAUGAUGCAGCAGCCUCCGCCGCCGCCCAACGCCGGUGUACCUCCUCCCCCGACCGGUGUGCCCCCACCGCCCGGAGCACCACCGCCACCUGCAGCACCACCGCCACCACCCAGCAUGGCGCCACCGCCCCCGGGGGCACCACCACCGCCGUUGUUAACAGGUCAGAGCGGCGGACAAGCCGGCGGUGGCGUACUCAACCUACCCUCCAUCAGUAGCUUGAAGCCGGUGACGCAAGUGGAGAAGCAAGUUGACUCGAGAGAUGAUUUGCUGAGCUCCAUCCGCAUGGGCAAGGCACUGAAGAAAGUCGACAAAGAGGAGAAGAAGCCCGCAGCCGGCGGAGCACAUCAGGACGUCGCAGCCAUUCUUGCGCGCCGUAUUGCCGUUGAGCAGAGCGACUCGGAGGGUGAGGAAGACGACGACGACGAGGACUGGGGCGAGGAUAAUGACGACGACGAUUGGAGUUAGAGCAGUCGGCGUGAUGCCGCGGACACGGACCGCCUGCAACUGCCCAGAGAAGCUGCUAGUGUGCAUGGUGCAGUGGUGCUUUGCUCUACUACAUGUCACGUUCUCGGUCUGCAAAGACAGUCCACAGUUGACUUGCUCAGAUCGGAGAGGAAUGGCUACAUUAAGCGCAUUGGCGGCCUGGUCUCUAAUGCUGAAUAGGUCUGACACCGUGACUGCGUCCGCAUCACAAUGUCUCAAUCUGAUGAUGAGAAUUUGAGCUAAACCAUCACUGAAGGUUGCCGAAACUGAUGAAGUGCCAACAACAGAAUCAACAAAUCAUAUAUCCCAAGAGCAUGUCAUGUCAUCGAGGAAUUACUAAUUUUAGCCACUAAAUGCAAGGACUUUAAAAAUUACCGGGUUUUCAAUGAAUUAGUUUUCAGACAUUGA